AUUUACAUUUAAUAUGUUUUGUAUUUUUAGUAUUUGUUAUUUUUACGAUUUUAAAUAAUUUUUAGCACUUGAUAGUAAAUUAUGAUAACCACAUCCGCCAUUCAUACUAAUGUUCACUGGAUUCUUUCGGAAUGUAGUUUUGUCUUACAGAAAUGUUUUUAAAAGUAAAUGUUACAAUAGAUAUUAUUCAAAGGAUUUAACUAAGAAAAUAUUUCCCUCAGAAGUUCUAAAUUCCAGGAGAAAACUCAAGAAAGAUAUCGUAUCUCUUUCUCAAAACGCUUUAAAUCGCCUAUAUGAGAUUAUCGCAGACACUGAUAAAAUUGUAUACUUGUCACUAAGAGUCAAGGGCUGUAACGGAUAUGUGUAUGAAAUGAGCCUAGUUGAGGAUUCAUAUUUAAAGGAAAUGGACGAAAGAAUAUAUGACACUAACGGCAAACUUAUUUUAGGGAUUGAAAACAAAGCUGCCUUCUACUUACUGGGAAGUUAUGUAGACUACUCUAAGGAUGACCUGUCGGAGGGUUUCACAUUUGAUAACCCUAAUGUAACAUCUAAAUGUGGUUGUGGUAUGAGUUUUAGAUUUUAACAGUCCACCACAACAAAUCACACCUCACUUAAUGUUAAUGUAUAAUAAAUUUAAAUAA